AUGCCUGUGAGCACUCAUGACCCCACCCAGCAGGGGGCAGAGUUCCCCUUGAUCCACGUGAACAUCGACCAGACUGGAAAGUACAGGUGCUCUUAUCUCCUCGGGAGAGACAGCCGGGUCCUGGCCCUGCCCAGUGAUCCCCUGGAACUCAUCAUACAAGCAUCUCCUCCCAGGCCGUCUCUCUAUGUCCAGCCGGGUCCUGUGGUGAGACCAGGGGAGGAAGUGACCUUCAGGUGCCGGAGACCAACAUCGUCACACAAUCAGUUGGUGAAAUUCGUUCUGCUGAAGGCGGGGACACAGGAGCCCUUGCAAAGGAACCACGAACGGGCUCCUCUAACUAUUUUCUCCCUGAAGUCUGCGAGUGCCCAGGACUCCGGGAGCUACAGCUGCAUGUACUAUGAGGCUUCCCACCCAAGUGUCAGGUCGGAAGCCAGUGAGGCCCUGGAGGUCUGGGUGACAGACAGCCUCCCCAAGCCCUCGCUCUCAGCCCGGCCCAGUUCCAGGGUUACCUCAGGGGACAACGUGACCCUCCUGUGUCAGGGGCCAUCCCGAGGUGUGGAGUUUGCUCUGUACAAGGAUGGAGAGGAGACACCUGUGAGCACCCGUGAGCCCACCCAGCAUGGGGCAGAGUUCCCCUUCAUCCACGUGAACAUCAACCAGACUGGAAAGUACAGGUGCUCUUAUCUCCUCGGGAGAGACAGCCGGGUCCUGGCCCUGCCCAGUGAUCCCCUGGAACUCAUCAUACAAGAGGAGCAGAAUGGACGUCUCACAAGAGUUACAGAAACCAAAACCAUCCUCAUCACUGCUCUCAGCUGUGCUUCUAUUCUCUUCUUCCUCUUACUCUUCUUUAACUUUAGCGGUCAUUGUUACACUCAGACUGUGAUUUCACAUGGAGACACCUCCAGAAGAUUCCCAAGGUGCCUCAGUUGUACUUGGUUUGUCUGCUUCUCUUCUAAAUCUGGAGCUCCCCAAGAUGAGACUGAGUAUGCCCAGGUUGCCAAAUGCAGACACUCCAGGAUAUCUGUUCCUCAGGCUGAAGAUCCUGAGGGACUGAUCUAUAUCCAGCUGAAUCCAGAAGCCCUGAAGAAACAACAGACAGCCCCUGGGAAGAUGUGUUCUGAUCCAACAACGUAUGCUACUCUUGCUCUGCAAUAAUGAACAAGAACUUCUUGCUCUGUGUUCUUCCUUAGGAUCUUUUGCUAGAUAAUUAUCUGUGUUCCCCUUUAUCAAUGGGAGUACCCUUUAAAUUCUCUUUGCGUUUUCUCCUCUCACUUGCUUCUGGUGAUCUCCUCAGCUUCUCUGGGUUUUAUCACCAUAACACAGGUCAAAGGGUCCAGGCCCUCUUCCCUGAACUCUAGGCUCACAUCACCACUUGCUAAUUGAAAAUUUCCAAUUGGAUGUCCUAUAGGCAUUUCCAACUCUACUGUUCUAAGUAGAACUUUUUUGUUUCUUCCCUCUCCAAACACCUACAACUUUCUCCUUUUUUUCAAAUUUCCCUCCUACUGAAGGCACCAGUAUUCUCAUGGUCUCCCAGGGCCAUAAAUUUGGACUUAUCGUUAAAUCUUUUUUCUGCCUAUCCUGAGUCAUUUGACAACUCUUUUCUAUCCUAUCAUCAUAGGAUCUUGCUGUUCUAGGCCCAUUUCUUUGCUCAUAUUGUCCCUUGUCACCACCCUCUUCAAUUAUUUCCAUGCCUAUUCGUUGAGAUUUCUGGAUCUGUCCUCAAAAGCAUCAAAAUGACAUUUUCUAAAGCUCUGGUCUGACAUAAUUUAUAUUUUGUCAAGGAAGCUUUUAUGUCUUUUUCUUACCUUUAGGAUCAAACACAACUUCUCCAUUUGGGCAUUUAAAAUCUUUCACUUAUUAAUUCUUACCUGUCUUUCUAGACUCAGUGUAUGUUCACUCUCUCUCACUAUUCCAAACAAACUGAGCAGCCUGUUGUUCCUCAAAACUAAGAACUGAUCUCCCAUCUUUGGGUCCUUCCAAAAGAAUUUCUCCACUGCUUUUCCACUUUUGGAAUGGGAUUUCUGGGAAUCUUUUAAGGUUCAGUCCAAGUCUAUCCUUUUAUAAACAACCUUUCCAGAUUCAAUAAAACCGAGUUUCUUUCCUAACCAUUAUGCUUCUUACUCAUCAUUGAUGUGUUUCUUUUUUAAACACCUAAAAAAUAAAUUUAAAAAACACCAAUUAAAUGAACACUUCCACAUAAAGUAGCAGAAAGAGUUUGUAUGAAAUUGAUUUUUAUGUUGACCUUGCUUUUCUUUUUGGAAUCUAUAAUAAAUUAAACAUGUAGCUUUCUGUUGUU